AUGGCGGAAUCCUUCACCCUCCCGCUGCGCCCCUUGAGCCAGAAGCCACUAGACGAAUCAGAUUCGCUACCCAUCCGAAUAGCCCAGAUCAAUGCCCAGCGCGGCUCGUUUCGCAACGUGACGGAGCAAAGCCUUCAAGAGGAGAUCGAAGCUCGACGCGCCGCAGAGGAGACUGGACAGGAACUGGACCGGGUUGAAUCGCAGGAAGCCAAGCCAACUGAUCGGCUCGAGCAUGUUUUUAAAAGCCGUGCGCAGAUUGUGGACUUUGCAAUGCAGGCUCAUGCUGAAGCUAACUAUGCCCUCGAUUUUGUAUCACUGCUGCUCUCAAAAUACACCCCGCGCCAAGCUGAGAUUUCCAUGUCACCCUACCUAAAACAAAGUGCCCCACUAGGAUCGUUGGAAACAGAUGUCGUGAAAGUCCCAGAGAAGACCGCAGCUGCGCAGAAGGAAAUUGACAAUCUGUCACGAGGGUGGAAGCUAGAAAGCUUUGAUGCUGCUGCUAGUAAACUUCUGCAGUCUGCCACCCGAUUGGAAGAAGAGGUUGCGGCGGAGACGAAGUACUGGGCUGGGAUUUUAGAUAUCAAGGAGAAGGGCUGGAAAGUUUGCAGACUUCCUCGAGAACGACAAACGCUAGGUGUGCAGUUUGGGUUCUUGGAAGCCACUCCUUCGUUCCGUGACCGUGGCCUUGCGGCCCUUAGGCGAGGUGAUGGAGGGCAACUUACGUUGGACCGGGGAUUACAAACAUCUAAACCUCGUUCGCUACGUGUCAGGGUGCAACAGGAUAACCAAAUUGUAGGAGCCUCGAAAUUGAUUCGCCUAGCAUUGUCAUCGGACGACCCGAUUGAAUGUCGUAUUCGUUUGGCUAGAGACGCCUUAUAUGAAGAAGAGCUGUUCCAUGAAAUCAAUAGAGAAGCUCGAACCCUCUUGCAACACGGGGUUGAAAGUAAACAAAAUCUGAUACAGUUUCAAGCCAAUGAGAGCCAACAAAUCCUCAUUGACAUGGUCGGUCUCGAAGACGAUAUCUUAGAUUUGGACCAGCAAGAACACGUUGAGGAUGCUCUUGCUGAGACUGUGGCCCAGUCUCUCCGGCUUCUACUUUCCCAUGCUCAUCGACUGAAAUACCGACGGAGGACCCAGAUUCCACCACCAGUCACAGAAAAGCGUCGCCCAGACCCAGAAUACUCACUCCUUAAGCCAACUGUGUGUUAUCUACAGCACAAAUCAGCCCUGCGGUGGCUAAAAUCUUUCCUUGACUCUACGACUAAGACAUUACAACUUGCUGGGCUGAAAUGCAAAUAUGAUGCCGCUCCUCUAGUAUCAGUACAACUCCCUCCGAUCUCCAGCGAUGCAGCCUUUGAAUCAGACAAUCCACCCUUCGUCGAGAGACUGGUGGAUUCUUUCCUUUCGCCCUUAGAGUCUAUCAUAACCGGCGCGUUUCUCUCUCCAGCUUCCAGCUUCAAGAUCCGUAUCACAACCAGCACCAACGCCAACGCCCUAGGUACCGAAUUCGAAAUAGCCACCAACCUCACCUCUGGUCCUAGGUCUAACUCCAAAUCAUCCCGCACGGGCCUCCGCAGCGAUCUCCAGCAAAUCAUCCUCCAUCUCUUCACCAUAGACCUUGUCUUCCUCAUCCCACACCUAGCUGGUACCUCGGAAUCAUUUCCAUCAACAAUGACACAACCAAUUAACCCUUCUCAACCACAAAAGGACAGCAAAGACGAUUUCAACCCCCCAACUCCACUCCCUGAAUCCUAUCUAACGCCAUGGGAACCUAUAUUCCCCGAAAACGGCGAGUUAGCCGCCUACUCCCCCUCUAAGCGCCGCAGCAAGAAACUCACAAUUGACCUACAUCCAAACAGGUUAGAUGUGCGGUGUCACUGGUUGGACGGACCGGAUACUGAUUCUGACUAUGCCUUGUUUGGUGGAGCGGUGGAUGUCACUGCAAAGUUGAAAGGGCCUCCUAAAGAGUUGAUUGCCCAUUCGUGGCGUGUUGAUGCAAAUGACGCCGGGGGUUUCGACCUGCAGGGUGGUGAAAAGAUGUUACGGGACGUUUUAAGGGUUAUGAGUAGGGAAGAGAUCAAGGAAGAAUUGUGA